CAAAGAUGAAAAUCGGUUGUUACAUAAGGAAGAUUGAUUCGGUGUACAAAAAUAUGAGCGCUUUGACUGGACGAUUGGUUUACCUUUUAAAAAAAUCAUUCAGGAACACCGAUUAGUUCACGAGCAGCUCUCUUUCGCAUAUCCAAAUGUUUAUUGCAGGUUAUUGCACGUUGUAGAAAACAGAAGUGAACCAGGAAGUAAACAAAUCAAAGCCAAAUUUUUCGCGUAGGCUCGUUUCUCAGUGCAGAAUAAAGGGGGUAAGCGCUUGAAAAUGGUCUUGGAGAACAUGUUGUUGUCUUUAGCCUCAGUGCAGUGGACAGAUGUAGGGACAGUGUUACUGAUGUUUGUCAUCUUUCUGCUGAUCUCAUACCAUCUGAGAAACAGAAAGCCUAGAAAUUAUCCCCCUGGACCCACACCUCUCCCCUUUAUUGGGAAUGUUUUCAACCUGGAUGCUAAACAACCACAUAUUCAUUUAACUAAGAUGUCAGACCGUUAUGGCAACAUUUUCAGCUUGCGUCUGGGAAGCUUAAACACUGUUGUUGUGAAUACCUACAGCAUGGUCAAGAAAGCUCUUAUUGAUCAUGCAAACAUUUUCACAGGCCGCCCAACCAAUGAUGUGCUCAAAAGAAUAAUAAAAUGCCAAGGUGUAACCUUCAAUAAUGGCUACAGCUGGAAGCAACAGAGGCGGUUCACUCUUAGUACUCUUAAAUACUUUGGAGUGGGAAAGAGGAGCCUGGAAGUCAUCAUCAUGGAAGAGUACAGAUUCCUUCACCAGACCAUCAUGGAAACCAAUGGGCUGCCAUUCGACCCUCAUUACUUUAUUAACAAUGCUGUCUCCAACAUCAUCUGCUCCAUGGUAUUUGGGAGGAGGUUUGAGUACACUGACCAAAGGUUUCUGAACAUGCUCAGUCUGAUGUCUAAAGCCCUUAAACUACAAACUUCUGUGUGGAUACAGCUUUACAGUGUUUUCCCUUAUGUUAUGGACCUCCUCCCAGGACCUCAUAAAGACCUGUUUUCCUGCUUCCAUCAAGUUUGUGCUUUUAUUAAGGAAGAGGUGGACAAGCAUUGUGCAGACUGGGACCCUUCCUCACCCAGAGAUUUUAUAGACUGCUAUCUCACUGAGAUCCAGAGGAGGAAAGAUGAUCUGGAAGCGGGAUUUCAUGAAGAGGGUCUGCAGUACGCUGUACUUGAUUUGUUUGUGGCAGGAACUGAGACCACAUCUACCACUCUACUGUGGGCCUUUGUAUACAUGAUGAAAUACCCAGAAAUCCAAGAAAAGGUUCAACAAGAAAUAGACAAAGUAGUUGGACGGUCGCGUCGACCCAACAUAGAUGACAGACCCAGCAUGCCGUACACUGAUGCGGUUAUCCAUGAGGUCCAGAGAAUGGGCAACGUUGUGCCCCUUAGUGUGCCAAGAAUGACCAAUGAAGACACAAUAUUGGAAGGAUAUUAUAUUCCAAAGGGUACACAGAUCAUUCCUAACCUGACCUCAGUGCUCUUUGACCAGACCAAGUGGAAAUCUCCAAAUUCAUUUGAACCACAGAAUUUUCUUAAUGAUCAAAGUGAAUUUGAAAAACCUGAAGCCUUUAUUCCUUUCUCGGCAGGAAAACGAUCUUGUCCAGGAGAAUCGCUUGCCCGUAUGGAGCUCUUUCUCUUCUUCACAUCCUUUCUACAAUCCUUCACUCUUUCUCCUCCAGGGGGAAAGCAAACAAGCUUGGACUUCAAAUUUGGAAUGACACUCUCCCCAAAGCCAUUUAAAAUAACUUUCACUCCUCGUUGAUUGUUUAUACAUUUUACAUCAGUGCACAAUAUUUACAAGUGGAAUUGUGCUGUUGCUGCAAAAUGAUCUAUAACCAUGUAAAACUGCA